CGGAUGUUGAUAGAAGCUGCGGGACCAGCUGAGAGAGAACAACAAAGCUAGUUAUUCGUUACAGUGUCAUACAGAAGAAUACCUAAACUACCAGAGCGACUUUAAACAUACAAGUGGUACAAUUGCACAUAUUUUGCGUGCUUUAAAUGAUUGUCACGUCUGUACAAGUCGCUGUUACAAAAUAAUCCGACUUUCAACAUCAGCGAGAGGAGGAGGAGUAAGCGUGAUGGGGCGGAUUUUUCUGGACCACAUUGGAGGCACACGUCUCUUCUCCUGCGCCAACUGUGACACCAUCCUCACCAACCGCUCCGAGCUCAUCUCCACACGCUUUACAGGGGCCACGGGCAGGGCUUUCCUCUUCAACAAGGUGGUCAACCUGCAGUACAGUGAGGUGCAGGACCGCGUGAUGCUGACGGGGAGGCACAUGGUACGUGACGUGAGCUGUAAGAACUGCAACAGCAAGCUGGGCUGGAUCUACGAAUUUGCCACAGAGGACAGCCAGCGCUACAAGGAAGGCCGUGUCAUCCUGGAGCGGGCGCUGGUGAGGGAGAGCGAGGGCUUCGAGGAGCACGUUCCCUCUGACGCUUCCUGAGACGUUUACUAACACACACACACACACACACACAUGGAAGUGCACAACAAAGUAGUGACAGCCUCUGAGCAAUACUCUGACAGUCUCCAAGACAUGCAGAGCUCAAAACAUAUUGAAUACUUAAAAAUAUAUAUAUUUUUGAUAACACUAUAUUCCCUGCCCCUACCAACACAAUUGUGUCGUAGCCACACAGAUGCUGUAACUUAUGUGCACUACACACACACACACUUUCCCUCAAAAUGUACAGAGUAUGUCAUCCCCAAACAGACGACUAUAGAUACCAACAGACGCCAUGUCUCUAAAGAGUUAAUAACAAAGCAAGCCAAGCAACUUUUCAAUCUUGACUCUCUGUGUGUGUAUGUGCUGUUGCUGGCGUGGGCAGAUGUUGUACUGUAGACCCUGUACUGGCUGUACUGAAUGUCCCUGCCUUGUGUCUCCCGCCCCAUGCAGCUGACCCAGCCGAACGCACAGAGAGGGACCUGAGCCACACUCUGAAUGUUCUCAUAUCACGCAGCACUCGUGAAUGUAGCGUAAACAGCUCCAGUACCAGGUGGCAUGACAAAAGACCAUGGAACACCGCAAACUUGAGACAUCCUUCCCUAUCAUACUCAUUCACACUCAUACAUUGAUACUCAAACCAACAGAAUAUAUAAACAUGUUUGCGCUCAACACCAGAAGGAGUGGUUUUCUCCUCGCUCUGGCGGAUUUCUAGGUAGAUCUCUUAAGACAUAGGUGUGUGUGUGUGUGUUCCAUCUCCCAUCUGUAUUGCUGGCUUGAGAGAAUCCUACAAAGAGCUUUUUACAGUUUUUCCUUACAAAGACUCCUGGGUUUGCAUGUCCAGUUCUGCUCCACUCUGUACUGUGUGUGUGUGUGUGUGUGUGUGUGUGUGUUAGCGUGUGAGACUGAAUACUUUUUAGAAUGUGUGUGUGCAAUGAAGCGUACGUGUGAUGGCCAAGUGAUUCUCCAUGAUGUAAUUUCUAUUGAUGGUCUCAAUGAGGCUGUCAUUCCUUUUCCUGUUUCUUCCUUGCUUCUCCCUCCUUUCCUUACUUACUCUUUUCAUUUGUGUGAUAUAUUAGAGUGUUAUAGUUAUGAUAUAUCGUAUAAGUAUCAUUAUUUCUAUUGUUAUGGUUAUGAACAAUAUGGUCAGUACAUGGCCAUUUUCUGUUAAGUAUGGCUUUGAGUAAUAGUGCUAUUAUCAAGUUCAUUUUUGAUGUCAGAUUUAAAGAAAAGAAAAACUAAAACAGAUUUAUUCCUCCUUAUUGUGCACAUUUCUUCAGCAGUGUUGAUUUUGAAUAAAGACUGGUCUUGCAACAA